AUUCGACCAUCUUCCCUUCCCAAAAGCUUUACAAAGAUAUUCUUCGCAGGUUCGAAGAUUUUGUCAAGUCUCUUGCUCAAACAAUCUUUUUUCUACAAAACGUCUGUUUUCCAACAACAACAAAUCUCAUCACAACAAUCAUCUACAAUGAAGUUCAUUCUCAGCGCCGCUGUCGUUGCUUCUGUCCUCGGACAGGCCUCUGCCCAUUCCUGGGUCGAGGAGCUUCAGGUCAUCGACCCUACUACUGGAAACUACACUGGAGACUACGGCUACACUCGUGGCUACGUCGCUCGCACCGAUUCUGGAUUCAACGGCGAUUCUGUUGACUACCUUCUCCCUCCUCUCGUCUCUGGCCGCACACGCAUUGACGGCACUGAUCUUCUUUGCCACCCUUCGCAACGCACAUCCAACUACGCUAAUACGAACUACCCCCGUCUCAAGGCUACUCCCGGCUCUUAUGUUGCCAUGAAGUACCUUGAAAACGGCCAUGUAACUUUGCCCCAAAAUCAGCCAGGCAAACCUAAGUCUGGAGGUACUGUCUUUGUAUACAGUACUAGCCAGCCCUCUGAUACUGAAAAGAUCGCGGAUGUCCUCAAGUGGAACUCUGCUGGUACCGGUGGCGACAAGCGUGGUGCUCAGAUUGCCGCUCAGAACUUUGACGACGGUCGUUGUCAUCAAAUUAACCCUGGUACCAUCUCGACUCAGCGUCAGACCAAUUUCCCUGAUCGUGUCGCUGGUCAGCCCGACAGCUCUGUUGAGCAGUGGUGCGAGACCGACGUCCACGUCCCCACAACCUACAAGACUGGUGAUACUCUCACAGUUUAUUGGGUUUGGCAAUGGCCCACCGAGCCUGGUGUUGAAGAAGUCCACCCUACUGGCAAGGAUGAAUAUUACACCUCUUGCGCCGAAAUCGAGAUUGUAGACUCUGUCAGCGACUCAAAGCCUGUUCACACACUCGUUCAGCAGGACCCACAAACCAAGGCUGUCAGUGACUUCAAGUCAAGAGCUGCUCUUACUACAAGUGCUCUCUACACUCUAGCUGGCUCUUCAGGCUCUAUCUCUGCCACUCCAAUGGCCGCUUCUUCGACUUUAGUCUCGUCCUCCGCCACCACCUCCGCUAUUGCCUCAUCAAGUGCUUCAAAAGCACCCAACAGACCCUCCUUCAACCCCACCAAACCCUUCCCCAGCCACGGUUCUGGUAACCCAUCCCUUCCUUUCUUCAGCCCUCCCGCUGGAAUGCUCCCAAGCUUUGUCACCGUCACGAAUACCGUCACCAUGAGUGCUGUCGCAAACAAGCAGCAGGGUUCUGCUACCGAGACCAAGACCAAGACUGAAUUCGUCACCUCUUACGUCACAGCUAUUCCCAGCACUGUUCUCGUCCCUGGAUCUACUUCUUCCGCUACUUCGUCUGCCUCGUCUGCCUCGUCUACUGGUAUCUCACUACCGACUGUUGUGGCUCUUCCUGAUGCUGCUGGUAACGCUGGGUUGAUUGGUAGAGCCUUUCGCCUUUGAGCAUCUCAUCACUCUGCACGACAAGACAACUGUGAUAUGAGGACAUUGACUGCCCUCUGUUCUUCGAAUCUACUUUUCCUUUUUCUCUCUCUUCUGAUGAAUCGAUGAAUGGCAUGGUGUGGAGUUGCUUUUCUUAUGCCACUGCUCGCAAGAAUGUUUGGAGUCUAUGAUGACAUGUGGGAAGGGCGAAUGCCGCUUUUCUCCGCUCUUUACUUUUUCUUUAGCUAAGGGUUUCUUUCUUCCGCUCUUGAUGGGUGGAUGGCGGAAAUGCUAUGAAUAAUAAAUGCUUUUUUCAACCGAUUGACUUGUUCCUUGUGCCUGUGUCUCUUGUGAUAUGAUGCGAUAUGAUGUGAUAUCAAGUGAUGGCGAACGUGGCUGUGAUGCGUAUCUUCACGAACUGACUUACAUGUAUCAAUGUGUCAACCCUUGUGAUUGGUAAAAGUCACUACUGCUCUCGAACGAUGAUGG